AUGUCGCGCAAGUCUGCGAAUCCGCCUCCUUCGUCUGCCAGCGACAGAGAGAAGCAGUUCGAAGAGUACGUCUCCGCGGAGGAGGCGCGCGCAGGCCUCGAGAGCGGCCGCUUCGUCAAGGGCUCUUUGCGAGUGAACGCGCGCCAGCCAAACGACGCGUACGUCUACGACGGCGACGACGUCUCCGCCGCCGACUUCCUCAUCGCAGGCCGCCGCGACAGAAACCGCGCGGUUCAUGGGGACACUGUUUUCCUGCAGGUCCACGACUAUCGGCAAUGGAAGCUUUACUCCGACGCCUUCUCGUUCUGCGACUCUGCAGAAGUGACAGGGCCGCGCGGCCCUUUGGAGGGCGACGCGAAGGACCCCUCCGCCAGCGCGCGCAAGAAUGACUCCCCGACUGAGGCCGAGUGUCUGCAACUCGUCAAGGAAGGGCGAAUGUUGCGCACAGCGCGCGUGGUGUUUGUCGAGACGCGCGCGCUGACCGACUCAGAGAAAGAGCAUCUUCUUCCGCCUCUCGCAGAGGAGCCCCGGGGACGUGCAGACGCGCUCCCUAAGGACGAGAAGCGACUCGACAGCGAAGAACACCCAGCGGCGGGAGCGCAGCCUGCACCAGCGCGUGAGGCGUUAUCUCCGCCUUGGAUGCGCAGGAGACUCCUUCGCAACCGGCAGUUCAUAUGCACGCUGCGCGCAAACAAUAUGCGCUACGGAGUCGCGCCGGAGGACGACACACUCGUCCGCCCCAACGCGACGCUCCUGCGUGCGAUUCCACUCGACUCGCGAAUCAACUGGAUUCUGGUGCCUCUGAAGGAGGCGCAGAAGUGGGAGAAGCUCCCCGGGCCCCUGGACAAGCAGCGCCUCUACCUCGUCAACGUCGACGCCUGGGACGUGUACAACAUCCUGCCGCGAGGCAGCCUUUUGGCAUACAUCGGCGCGGCCGACUCAAUUCAGACUAUUGAGAGGUUCUGCAUGAUGAAUAACGACCUGCAGAUCCACAUGCUGCCGCACAGCACCGAAAUCCUCGAAGAGACGGAUGCCAUCGUCGAGCGCGCAGAGAAGGAAUUCGAGGAAGAGGCGAAGAAACGCGUGGAUCUCAGAGGCCGCCGGCGCGUGCUGACGAUUGAUCCAGCGUCCGCGCGAGACCUCGACGACGCCGUCCAUCUGCAUCGCGUCCCGCCUUCGUGCUGGACAGGGCACGAACCCGAGUUCGAGAUCGGCGUCCACAUCGCAGACGUUUCGCACUUCCUUCAGCCCCUCUGCAGGACGGACGAGGAAGCGCGGAAUCGGUGCACCACGGUGUACCUCAAACACGUCGUCUUCCCGAUGCUGCCGCGCGCCCUCUGCGACGCGCUGUGCAGCCUCCAUCCCGGCUGGCCUAAGCUGACAUUCUCAGUGACCUUCCGCGUGCGCGAGGACGGAAGUCUCGUCGAGGCCUGGAGGCCGCGCUUCUACAGAUCGGUCAUUGAGAGCUGCUGCCGGUUCAACUACGACGAGGUUCAAGUCUUGAUCGACGAGGGCGACAUCCCGGAGCAGGCGCGCCCGCUGGUCUCGCAGCCUUCUUCUGCGCCGGAGUUAACCCUCGCGGACUGCGGCUGCUUCGUCUCUCUCAGCUCCUGUACGCGGCAGUCCGCCCCCCACUCUCUUUCUUUUUUGUCUACUUCCUCUCAUUCGUCUUCUUCUUUGUCACCUGAAGAGCGGCGCGCGAGAGAGACUUCGUGUUUCCCUUUUUCGCCAUAUGGCGACUUGGCGACUUUCCGCGCCUGCUGCGGUCGGUGCGCGGCGUGCUGCAGAUGCGCGGGCGCGGCGGAAGAGAAUUCGCAAAAAAUCGCGAAAAUUUCCCAAGCCGCGGGCGGCGCAGAAAACGUCCAUUUGACGCAGCGCGCAGGCUCUGUGGCACCCGAGAGAGGGGCUGGGAAGCGCGCCUCUGCUGACGCUUGCUGGGAGGCGAUCGUCGAGGACCUGAAGCUCCUGGACAAGCUGACGACGGCGAUUCGGAGUCGACGCUUUGAGAGCGGCUCGAUUAUGCUCCACAAGAUGACGCUGCGUUUCGAGUUAGAUGCGCGCUCGCAGCCGAUCGGAUGGACUGAAGAAGAGCACGCGCGGUCGCACUCGCUCAUUGAGGAGUUGAUGCUUCUGGCGAACUGCCUCGUCGCGCGCCGCCUCAUCGACAGUCCGUUCGCAGAUCUCGCAGUCCUCCGCUCCCACUCUGCCCUGGCGGAGAAGCAGGUCAAGCCGCUGAGUGCCUUCCUCAGCAAGAGGGGCAUUUCUUCGGAUUUUUCCUCUUCGAAGGCCGUUCAAGUCACGCUGGGGGGCGUUCAGACCAGCCACGGCGUCGCCGCGGCCGUCGCUGUCGAGGCGCUGCUGAGGAAGUCGCUCAAGCUCGCGCUCUACUACGUGCGCGGCGACACACAGCACCCUCACUUUGCCUUGAAUUUCACAGAAUACACUCACUUUACCUCACCCAUUAGGCGCUACGCGGACGUCCUCGUUCACCGCCUCCUCGCCUGCGCACUCGAAUGGGAGCGCGUCGAAAAGUCCUCCGCCUUCGCUUCGUCUCCUUCAUCGUCUUCUGUGUCUUCUUCAUCCUUGCCUGAGGCAGAGGCGGAGGGCGCACUAUCGCCGACACUCCUGGAUUUCCGCAAACAAAUGGAAGCUGCGACGGGAUCCCGAGAGCAGCUCGAAGAAAUCUGCGGACUCUGCAAUGCGAAGAAACUCAACUCGAAAAACGCGCAGCAGUGCUGCGGCCACUUGUUCCUAUCAGUUCUGUUGAAGGCGCGCAGAGAGCCCUACGCAACCGCAGGCGUUGUGUUGCUGCUGCAGGACAAGUCUCUGGUUGCGUUCCUUCCGCUCCUCGAUAAAGAGCAGCGAAUCACCUUCCAGGGCGAGAGUGCGCGAUCGCAGGUCUUCCGCCCCGUGCCAGACGACCUCCAGAAGACCGUCCAACUUCCUGCCGACUUUCGUUUGCCGAAUGGAAACGAGGUUGAAGUCACGUGGGUGAAUCCGGCGACGAAUGAAGUGACGGUUCAGAAACUCCAGGCCUUCUCCCCCGUGCCCGUGUACGCCCUGCCAACGACCUCUGUGCCGCCGAGCUUGGUCUUUGCGCUCAUUUCGCCGUUUUCUCCUGACUUCGGCCGCGUGAAGGCGACAGAAAACGCAGUUUUUUCGCGCUUCCUGCAUGAAGCAGUGAACAGGGACGGUUGUUCGCAGGCUCGCAAGAGGGGAGAAGUGGUCACUGAAAACGUGAAUACGGAUAUCGCGAAAAGCAUUCCUAACCAAGUUUAUGCCUACAGCUAA